AUGAUGAAAGCCUGGCAAUUAGUCGAUAUUAAUGGUGAGGUGAUCAAUGAAGAAGAUAUUUCAAGUGUUGGUUCUGAUUGGUCAUUCAUGCAAUUCGAUCGAGAUGAUGGAUAUCCAAGUCGCCCACAUUCGGUAGCUGGUCGACGAUCAGACACUGAAUGUGAAUAUAAAUCUCGUUCACCUUCUGCAAACAGUGAUUAUAACUGCUAUAGCUCUCAUUGUAGUCUGGACAGAUACAAUGAGCCUCCCUUAAGAUCCAAAAAUGCCAACAAAUCAUCAAAGAACAAACAUUUGUCUGGGACUAUUCCUGGAAAUACAGUAAUUCCUAUAACAUCAAAAACCGAAAUAUUAAAAUCUCAUCCACGUAAUGGAUUACGACCUGGUCAUAUACAUCAGUCCUCCGCUAGAAAUUCCAAUGGAACACGUCAAGCGUUGGCACGUUGGAAUGCUUGUCGUAA